CGGAUCGAACGUCGGCGGCGGGUGGAACGCGGGGGCCCGGCGGCACGCGCACGGGGGCCAUGGCGUCGGUGCAGGCGUCCCGCCGCCAGUGGUGCUACCUGUGCGACCUGCCUAAGAUGCCGUGGGCUAUGGUGUGGGACUUCAGCGAGGCCGUGUGCCGCGGCUGCGUGAACUUCGAGGGCGCCGACCGCAUAGAGCUGCUCAUCGAUGCUGCCCGCCAGCUCAAGCGCAGCCACGUGCUCCCAGAGGGCCGCUCGCCCGGGCCCCCGGCCCUCAAGCACCCAUCCACCAAGGACCUGGCAGCGGCCACCGCGCAGGGGCCUCAGCUACCGCCCCCGCAGGCUCAGCCCCAGCCGUCGGGCACAGGCGGCGGUGUUUCGGGCCAGGACCGCUAUGACAGAGCCACCUCAUCAGGCCGCCUCCCUCUGCCGUCUCCCGCCCUGGAGUAUACCCUGGGGUCUCGCCUGGCCAAUGGGCUGGGCCGAGAGGAGGUCGUGGCCGAGGGGGCUCGAAGGGCCCUGCUUGGCUCGAUGCCCGGCUUGAUGCCUCCCGGGCUCCUGGCAGCAGCAGUGUCCGGCCUAGGAACCCGGGGCCUGACGCUGGCACCUGGCUUGAGCCCUGCCCGUCCAACCUUCGGCUCAGAUUUUGAGAAGGAGAAGCAGCAGAGGAAUGCGGACUGUCUGGCAGAACUGAACGAGGCCAUGCGGGGCCGAGCAGAGGAGUGGCAUGGGCGUCCCAAAGCAGUACGCGAACAGCUGCUGGCGCUAUCUGCCUGUGCCCCCUUCAAUGUCCGUUUCAAGAAGGAUCACGGGCUGGUGGGGCGGGUGUUCGCCUUUGACGCUACUGCCCGCCCUCCAGGCUACGAGUUUGAGCUGAAGCUCUUCACCGAGUACCCAUGUGGUUCAGGCAAUGUGUACGCGGGAGUUCUGGCAGUGGCUCGACAGAUGUUCCAUGAUGCUCUGCGGGAGCCGGGCAAGGCCCUGGCCUCCUCAGGCUUCAAGUACCUCGAAUAUGAGCGCAGGCAUGGUUCGGGGGAAUGGCGCCAGCUGGGCGAGCUGCUCACCGAUGGGGUCCGAAGCUUCCGAGAGCCAGCUCCCGCUGAGGCCCUGCCCCAGCAGUACCCAGAGCCGGCCCCUGCAGCCCUGUGUGGGCCGCCCCCUCGAGCCCCAUCCCGGAACCUGGCGCCCACGCCACGCCGUCGCAAGGCAUCCCCUGAGCCAGAGGGCGAGGCAGCUGGCAAGCUGACAACCGAGGAGCAGCAGCAGCGGCACUGGGUGGCACCCGGGGGCCCGUAUACCGCCGAGACCCCUGGUGUGCCCUCACCCAUUGCUGCCCUCAAGAAUGUGGCUGAGGCCCUGGGCCACUCACCUAAGGACCCUAGUGGGGGUGGGGGCCCCGUGCGGGCAGGCGGUGCCAGCCCUGCAGCCUCCUCCACAGCCCAGCCUCCAGCCCAGCAUCGGCUGGUGUCUCGAAACGGUGAGGCAGAAGUCAGCCCCACGGCAGGGGCCGAAGCUGUCAGCGGAGGUGGGAGCGGCACCGGGGCUACCCCGGGGGCCCCUCUGUGCUGCACCCUGUGCCGGGAGCGGCUGGAAGACACCCACUUUGUCCAGUGCCCCUCGGUGCCCGGACACAAGUUCUGCUUCCCCUGCUCUCGGGAGUUUAUCAAGGCGCAGGGCCCAGCGGGUGAGGUGUACUGCCCCAGUGGAGACAAGUGCCCGCUUGUGGGCUCCUCCGUCCCCUGGGCCUUCAUGCAGGGUGAGAUCGCCACCAUCCUUGCUGGAGACAUCAAGGUCAAGAAAGAGCGGGACCCCUAGGCCACCACUGCCACCAGGCUACUGCUCCCUGCCCCCUUGUCACCCACCGCUGCUGCGGAUAAAUUAUUCCCUCCCCCACCCAACCCAGUGUCACCCCCACCCGUGUACAUACUCCCUCACUCAGCCCCGAUGGGUUCCCUGGGGUAGAUGCAUUGGGGGUGGGGGGAGAAAGCUUGUGGCUCCUGUCCGAGGGGGUGUUGGGGGUCCCCGGGCCCCUUCAAUUUCCCUCUCUUCCUUGGCUUGGCUUUUCUGCUGCUUGUAGUUGGGGGAGAGGUGCCCACUUCCUUGAGAAGGGGUCUUCUGAAAUAUUGCUCUUUAUAAACGAAGCAAAAGCAUUUUACUGCUCCCCCUCUCCCACCUCCUUUUUCCCCUUCAAUAAACCGAAAGAUGGGUUUUUUUUUC